AUGUCGGAGCUCUCAGCCAAGCUCAAGAACCUCAACCCGUUUUCGAAAUCGGACGACGAGGAGAAGUUCCAGGAUGAAGAUGCUGGCGGCAACUUUGGCAUCGACAGUGUUGGCCUCGGAGGCAGCCGAUUCCGCGUCGGCAAGGACGAGCUGCGCGUGAGCCAGGCGCUGCGCUCCUUCAUCGCCGAAAACAAGAUUCUCAGCGAAAAGGAUGCCGGCGUUGGUGCUGAAGGUCACCCGCUGGCUCUUAAGAAGCUGCUUGCCAAUGUCACUUUUGAAGUUCCCCAGGAGCUUCGCGACAGAUCUCACCCGUUGCCCGAUUACUACAUCAGCUCCAGCCACAACACAUAUCUCAUGGCUCACCAGCUGUACGGAAAGUCGUCUGCCGCAGCAUACGAGACAGCGCUAAAGACCGGGUCUCGCUGUGUAGAGAUUGACGCGUGGGAUAACAGUGACGAUAAAGACGAGCCCAAGGUCACCCACGGCUUCACCUUGGUGUCACAUAUCCCCUUCCGCAAAGUCUGCGAAACUAUCAAGGAGAUCUACGAUGUGGAAAAGGCACAGUCAGAAGCAUUCUUUGAUUGCCAACCUGGCCCAAUCGUACUUAGCUUGGAAAACCACUGCAGCGAGUACGGCCAGAAGCGUCUCGUUGAAAUCAUGAAGGAAGUCUUUGGCGGUGCCCUGCUAAGCGAACCGAUUAUCCCUGAAGGCAAAGAAGACUCACACGACCCCGCAGAGCACAUCACCCUUGGCCAACUCGGAUUCAAAAUCGUCGUCAUUGUAGAGUACCACUGGAGCGGCGAGGUCAAGGAAGUCGAUGCCACCGAGUACGUCGCGGCCGACUUUGUGGACGAGGUCGAGGAGGCUGCGCACAAGGAAUAUGAAGAGAUGAAGCAAGCUGAAAAGGCCAGCCCUAUUAUCCCCGAACUGGCUGCGCUAGGCGUCUACGCCCAGUCAGUCAAGCCUAGAGACAACUCGUGGUUUGAUCCUGGAGAGCUGCUUGAGGGCCCCCAUCAUCACUUGAUCAAUGUGUCCGAGAGCGGUCUUGGUUCGCAUCUGCCUGAAAAGGCGGAGCAAGUCGCUAUCCACAACUCCAAGCAUCUCAUGCGUGUCUACCCUAAGGGUACCCGCAUCGGCUCAUCAAAUCUCAAGCCUGUCAAGUUCUGGGGCGUCGGCGCGCAGAUCUGCGCCCUUAACUGGCAGACGUUUGGCACUAGCUGUCAGCUCAACGAGGCUCUGUUUGCCGGAUCUGACGGCUACGUGCUCAAGCCCGAGCCGCUGCGCAUUGGUGGUAGCGGCAAAAUUGGCACCGGUAAGAAGAAGAAGCUGAUUCUGCACGUUGGUGGUGCCACCGAUAUCCCCGUGGGCGACGACCGCGGCGACAAGUCCUUCAAGCCCUAUCUUACUUGCACGAUAUACAGCCCCUUGAUGCAUGGCGAUGCGCCCAAAAGAAAGACGGCCGCCUACAAGCACCACAAACUCGGCUUGCUGCACCGCGGCGAUAACCCUGAAGCUACGGACCCCAUCUGGGACGAGAAGCUGGAGUGGGAGUACGACGAUACAGACCUAGUGUUCCUGCGCAUGCUUAUCAAGAGUGACGAUGCGUGGGCGCGCAACCCCAUGUUUGCUGUUGCUGCUGUGCGUUUACAGUAUACUAUUCCUGGAUGGACCUUUGUUCGCAUGUUGGAUAUGCAGGGCCGCGAGACAAGCUGUACUGUCUUGCUCAACUUUGAGAUUGUUGACAUUUAG